AUGGCAGACCACGCGGCAGCGAGCCCUUCUCCCCAGCCCGACUACACUCGGAACCGCCUGCCGACACUCUUUGAGGUGCUGAGUCGGCGUACGCUUCCUCCCGUCGAUCUGUUCUCCUUCUACAUUUAUAUGAGGGAUCAGCAGCGUUCUGUCGACUACCUUGAUUUCUGGCUCGAUGUCGCACAGCACAUGUCGCUCUGCCGCCACUAUGUGCGGGAGCUUCGCCGGUCUGUGCUUGUGAGCACGCCGGACCCGGACAGAGCCUCCAGGAGAUCGUCGGGCAUUCUAGAAGGUCUCGGAGAUCUGAGCCAUUCGGUUGCCGGACCAUCGAUGUAUGCGACGGAGAAGGAGAAGGACCAAGAUGCCCAAAUGUCGGCUUUCCUGCGGGAAGACCGAGACCAUCAUGAUUCUCCAGUCAGCAGCGAUGCCAGGCAAAACCGCCCGAGCACGAAUAUCAGCACUCCCCGCGAGUUCAACACCGACUCGAACUCCCCUCCCCAUGCGGUUGCCCGACAGGAUGUCAGGGCCUCGGCUGAGAAGAUCCUCUACACAUUCCUUCUCCCAGGUGCCGAACGCGAAAUCACCCUGCCAGGCUCAAUUACUCAGGACGUCACAACAGCUAUCGAGGAACUCGGAAGAGACGAUCCCGAAGUGUUUGAUGUGGCUAAGGACUAUGUCUUCCAGGCGAUGGAGCGCGAUGCUUUCCCCGGAUUUCUCAGAAUGAAGGCCCUCGGCAACCUCAUCCCACCAACAUUGAUUAUGCGCCUUAUCCUCGGCCUUGUCUCUAUGUUUGGUGGAUUCUGGGCCGCGUUCAUCUUGAUUUUCCUGAACGAGUCUCGCAUGGUGAGACUCUGGCUCAUCCUGCCUUUCACGAUUGGGGUUUACUGCCUCGCCUCUUACCAGUAUUCCCUCGACCCUGUUCUCGCCCUCGUUGGCUUUAGCGAGUACACCCCUUUCAAUUUUGCUCGGGUGCGGGAGCCCUAUGUCCGGAAGCUCCUCGCUCGCCGGGCGAUCAUGGUCCUCACCGUGACGGUUCUCAUCGAUGCAGCGCUCUGCGUACUCUUUAUUCUGGUUCCAGGCAAGCGGCUUUGA